AACUCAUCAUCCACUGGAUUCGGUCUGAUGAUGCUAACUUCUGCACAGCUGUAACAGACAAAUACAUAUUUUAUCUUCCUUCCCAUUUGCGAUAUUUUACAUCAAUCAAACUGUCUCAUUAACUUGCUGAAUUGUUGAAAAAGAAACAAAAAUCUUUGAACAACUGAGUGAAACAGACACUAGACUACAGCGAGUUUGCAAGCGACUGGUAUCAUGAAGGUAAUCUGGGGCCUCUGCCUGCUUUGUUUGGCCGGUGGUUUAAGAGCAGUCCAUGCAGGUCCGGUCAGGACUGGCAAGAUGGAAGACAAAGCUGCACCACAGGAAGAAGUCAACGUGCUCAUGUUUGGUGUGAUACAGUUCAGCGAAUCCCUCAACUAUGUUUAUGAAACCACUGAGGCAAAGAUAGCGAGAAUCAGCCGGGCUUUGAAGAUCCAUGAGGGGACUCUUCAAACGCUGGGGAGGCAGACUGAGCAGGCGGCAGAGGUGGAGAAACACAUGAAAGAAGUUAUACAGUUGCUACAGGCCCAGAUGGCCAAGCAACAGACUCAGACCAAGAUGACUAAAGACUGGCUGGCCAGGAUGGAGCAGGAAGAGGUGGAGCUAAAAACAAAAGUGAAGAGGUUGGAGGUGUAUCUCAACAACUUCGUACCCACCAACAUGAAAGAGCUGCAGGAGAGAGCAGAGGAGCACUCUAAUAUCUUAAAAGGGCUACAGCAUUUGACUCAAUUCCAAAAAGAGAAUAUUGAGACCCAGAAUGAGCAGCUCUCCAAGCUGCUGAGGAUGAGUGAAGCUAUGACAUAGCUGUUUAAAGAUUCAUCUCUGAGUUCUCUCACUUCAUCCAGAUCUAAACUCUCUAACAUCACUGCACUCCCUUCCAACCCUGCUAUGUAUGCUAUGGAUGUACCGUAUAUCCAGAAAAUAUUUUUUGUUAGUACUCUUGUGAUUAUGUCCUUGGUGUUGCAACUCGUGUUAUUAAAAAGAGCCAUUCAAAUUAAUUUGUUAACUUAUUAAAGAUUUUAUGUCACCAAA